AUGCCUAGCGAUCUCGACAGCCAAAUAGCCCAGCUUAGCCGCUGCGAACCGAUAUCCGAGGCCCAAGUGAAGACGUUGUGUAUCAAAGCCCGGGAGAUCCUCAUCGAGGAGGGCAACGUUCAGGUUGUCGACUCGCCAGUUACAAUAUGUGGUGACAUACAUGGCCAGUUCUUUGAUCUGAUGGAGCUGUUCGCAGUGGGAGGAUGGUGUCCAGAGACGAACUACCUGUUCAUGGGCGACUUUGUUGACCGCGGAUUCUACAGCGUAGAAACAUUUCUUCUUCUCCUGGCCCUGAAAGUGCGCUAUCCGGACCGUAUGACGCUCAUCCGAGGGAACCACGAGAGUCGACAAAUAACCCAGGUAUACGGGUUUUACGAUGAGUGUCAGCGGAAGUAUGGCAGCUCUAAUGUAUGGCGUUGGUGCUGCGAGGUAUUUGACUAUCUUGCUCUCGGUGCAAUCGUCGACGGUCGCGUCUUCUGUGUGCAUGGCGGCCUCAGUCCUAGCCUCGCCAGUAUAGAUCAGAUUCGGGCCAUAGAACGAAAACAAGAAGUGCCACACGAAGGACCGAUGUGUGAUCUCCUCUGGUCAGAUCCAGAUGAUACUAUAACAGGUUGGGGCCUCUCCCCUAGAGGCGCAGGCUUCCUCUUCGGCGCUGAUAUAACGAAAAACUUUGCGCAUCACAACGCGCUAGACCUUAUCGCCCGUGCACACCAGCUUGCAAUGGAGGGAUACAAGCUGAUGUUCGACAGAAUGAUCGUCACUGUGUGGAGUGCACCGAAUUAUUGUUAUCGGUGUGGGAACGUCGCGUCAAUAUUGGAGCUGGAUGAGCACCUUGGGCAGGAGUAUAAAGUGUUCAGUCAUGCACCGAUGGACGUACGAUCUAUACCUACGAAAAGACCUCCCCCAGAGUAUUUCUUGUAA